AGUCAUUGGUUAGUACCAUGGUUGCUAGGCAACCUGAGCAGCGGGACUGGCCUGAUGUACCUUGAAUUGGAACAGGCAUCAGGAGCAGGAAACGAAGCCGAAAGAGCGCGAAAGAUGGAGACGCAGAGGUUUGCGUUGGAAAGGAUCUCGGCUUGGAGGGUCACGGAUGCUGACAGCUCCCCUGCGAAAGUGAUAGUGGACUGCACAGCGGAGCUGUUGCGGUGCCACUUGCGGGACUCCUCCGGAAAUCUGGACGGAGAAUCACUGCGCAUGAUGUAUGUGAUGGUUAUUAUCAGAUUCGUCAAUCUGAUCACCGAGGUGAUGAAAAACGUAACAGUCCCACCGUGGGUGGUGGACCUAGGCCACAAUAUGGAACAUGGGCUUGAUCCUAAUUUGAACUUGUGCCGAAAGGCAUGUAAGAUGGCCCUGGAGCUGGUAGAGCAGGAGUUCUGGUCCAGGCAGUUGGGAGGAGAGGAUGAGGAAGCUGACUUAAAGCGGCAGGAGGAUGAGGCUACACGUAGCAGCAUCCCCGGGGCCUCAGGCACCAGCCCGGACAGCUGAGGGCUUCCAUCUGGAUUACAAACAUCAAGAGAGAUGUCAUGCUUUGACUCUUAUUUUGCUAAAGCAAUUUUGAAGCAGAAAAAAUGUUCAAAAAAUGUUCUUACAAAUUUAACAAAUUAAAAUGGUUAAGC